UGUAAAUCGAAUUCCGAAUUACCGAUAGUUCAAUAUAGAAACUGUAGCAAUCGAAUAGCUGUAGCAAAUUUCAUCGAAACCUCAAUAGCAGCGAAUAAAAAUCGAUUUUUGUUUCAGCCCUACUUCAAUUCGGAGCCACAAGAAAUACAAGCAGAAAAACGGAAGUUCUGCCGCACAGAAGGCUUACAAUAAAUAUAUAUAACUAAGUAAAUCGCCGUUAGGAAUCCCGCGCUUUUUUACCGUUUCCAAGCAAACCAAACACAAUCCCACAGAUUAGCAUUGUCUAGUAAUUACGCAAAAAUUCCGUCACCCACACACUCACACAGACGCACGAGGUACAGAAAGAAACGGAAAGUGAAGUAGAAAUCAAAUAGAGAGAAAAAGUGCGAAAACAUGACUUCCGAUAUCGCCAUGCAAUUGAUUGCCAUUUUGGAGAAGACCGUGUCGCCAGACAAAAAUGAGCUGCUAUCGGCGAAGAACUUCCUGGAGCAGGCGGCGGCCAGCAAUCUGCCUGAAUUUCUCAAGGCGCUGUCAGAGAUCCUAGUGAACACGACCAACAGCGCGGUGGCGCGAAUGGCAGCCGGUCUCCAGCUGAAGAACCACCUGACCAGCAAGGACGAGAAGAUCAGCCAACAGUACCAGGAGCGCUGGCAUCAGUUUCCCAGCGAAAUCCGCGAGUUGAUCAAGAAUAACAUCCUCGCUGCUUUGGGUACCGAGAACACCCGACCCUCCUGCGCCGCCCAGUGCGUGGCCUAUGUGGCCGUGAUCGAACUGCCGAUAAACCGCUGGUCCAUGCUCAUCCAGACACUGGUGAACAAGGUGGUCAGCGAAGGAUCCAGCGAGAUGCAUCGCGAGUCGGCGCUGGAGGCGAUUGGCUACAUCUGUCAGGACAUUCGGUUCGGCGUCCUGGAGAACCAGUCCAACGACGUGCUGACCGCUAUUAUUCACGGCAUGAGAAAGGUAGAGCCGAGCAAUCACGUUCGCUUGGCGGCCACCACUGCCCUUCACAACUCGCUGGAGUUUACCAAAUCAAACUUUGAGAAGGACAUGGAGCGCAACUUCAUCAUGGAGGUGGUGUGCGAGGCCACUCAGUGCCAGGACUCGCAAAUCUGCGUCGCCGCUCUGCAGUGUCUGGUGAAGGUUAUGACCCUAUACUACCAGUUCAUGGAGCCCUACAUGGCACAGGCUCUUUUUCCUAUUACCUUGGCGGCCAUGAAGUCAGAGAACGAUGCUGUAGCGCUGCAGGGCAUAGAGUUCUGGUCGAACGUCUGCGAUGAGGAGAUAGAUCUGGCCAUCGAAAGCCAGGAGGCCACUGAUCAAGGCCGUGCUCCGCAGCGAGUAUCGAAGCACUAUGCUCGCGGUGCUCUGCAGUUCCUGACGCCGGUGCUCGUCGAGAAACUAGCCAAGCAAGACGAGUGCGAUGACGAGGACACCUGGAGCCCGGCGAAGGCCUCCUCCGUUUGCCUCAUGGUGCUGGCCACCUGUUGCGAGGAUGAGAUCGUGCCACAUGUGCUUCCCUUCAUCAAGGAGAACAUCGAGUCACCUAAUUGGCGAUACCGCGACGCAGCGGUGAUGACUUUCGGCUCCGUGCUGAAUGGAUUGGAGACCAAUACUUUAAAGCCGCUCGUGGAGCAGGCCAUGCCCACGCUUAUUCGACUGAUGUACGACUCCAGUGUUAUUGUGCGCGAUACCACCGCCUGGACAUUCGGACGCAUUUGCGAUAUAAUUCCCGAGGCGGCUAUCAACAAGACAUAUCUUCAAACUCUUCUAGAGUGCUUCGUGAAGAGCUUAAAGUCGGAGCCCCGUGUAGCGGCCAACGUGUGCUGGGCCUUCAUUGGCCUUUCCGAUGCCGCUUGCGAAGCAGCGGUCACCACCGAGGGAGAGACUCCGGAGACUUACGCCUUGUCCCCGUACUUUGAGAUCAUUAUUACCCAGCUGUUGGAGACCACUGAUCGUUCGGAUGGAGCUCAAGCCAACUUGCGAGGUGCUGCUUAUGAAGCGCUGAUGGAUAUGAUCAAGAACUCGCCCUUGGAUUGCUACUUGGUGGUGCAGCGCACCACGCUGGUGAUUUUGGAGCGCUUGAACCAAGUGAUGCAGAUGGAAACCCAGAUAAACAAUCACAGCGACCGUCAUCAGUUCAACGACCUACAAUCGCUUCUGUGCGCCACUCUGCAAAGCGUUUUGAGAAAGGUCCAUGAACAGGAUGCUCCACAAAUUUCCGAUGCUAUCAUGACCGCUCUGCUGACCAUGUUUAAUUCAAGUGCUGGAAAGUCGGGUGGCGUGCAGGAGGAUGCCUUCCUGGCCGUUUCGACACUGGUUGAGCUCUUGGGAGCACAGUUCGCCAAGUACAUGCCGGCUUUCAAGGACUUCCUCGUCAUGGGUCUGAAGAAUCAUCAGGAGUACCAGGUCUGCUGCGCAUCUGUUGGUCUCACCGGCGACAUUUUCCGCGCCCUUAAGGAUUUGAUGAUGCCCUACGCCAACGAGAUUAUGACCGUUUUGAUAAACAAUCUAGCGGAACCGUCUCUACAUCGAAGCGUCAAGCCCCAGAUCCUGUCUGCUUUCGGGGAUGUUGCGUUGAGCAUUGGUAGCAACUUCUUGACAUAUUUGAACAUGGUCCUAGAUAUGUUGCGCGCUGCAUCCAAUCUGCAGACGGAUGCCAACAACUUCGAUAUGAACGAGUACAUCAACGAGCUGCGUGAAAGCGUCCUUGAAGCCUACACUGGCAUCAUGCAGGGCCUUAAGGGCGUAGACCAGACUCCUCAUCCGGACGUUAUGCACAUGGAGCCCCACCUGAUGCACAUUAUUUCGUUCAUCAAGCGCAUCGCUCAGGAGGGCGACGUGUCCGACUCGAUGUUGGCCAGUGCCGCUGGCUUCAUUGGCGACCUUUGCACUUCGUUCGGUCCGCGGCUGUACCCGUUGCUGGACGAUGCCAUCAUUACACAAUUCCUGGCCGAGGGUAAGCGCUCCAAGGCGCAGCGAACCAAGAUGCUGUGCACCUGGGCCGUCAAGGAGAUCAAGAAAAUCAAUACCCAGGUCAUCACGCAGUAGGCCACCUGCUAGAGGUUAAUGUUUCUCAGACCCUCAAGAUUGUAUGUUAUGCAGUCAAACUGUCCAGUCCGAAUUCUCUGAUUAAAAGAUUCUAUCUGCUAAGUUUGUUUGUCCGAUCUAUUGUUGCUAUGCAACUUCUAAAUGCUAAGACCCAUUGUUUAUACAACUUCUUACUAGCUUUAAGCUCCAUUAUGAACCACUGUUUCGACUCAAUAUUUUAAUUAAGGUCUGUUGAUAUUCGUGUGAGUUAUUUAACCCUUAAUUAUUGUCCUCGCUCGGUAAUGCAAAUCCAAAAACGAACUACCCAUUGACUAAAGCACUUCGCAAUCGAUAGUUACUGCUGUACGGACUUUGACAUUUUUACAAACCGGCUUUAAUGGCAGUUUAGUUUUGGGUAGGCUACAGCAACCAGCGCUUUAGUAGCCCGAUUUUAAGCAUUACCAAAAAGUAAACGAAGCUGUUAUUCAAAUGAUGUAAAAUUUAAAAUUACUUGUAAAAAUCGGUAGAAAAAAUUGCUUUAUUAAGAAAAAAUACAAUGAAUGCAUUGCUGCCCCCUUUGGAAACAUUAACUUGUAGCGGAUUUAAGAGCCACACCUUAGGAUCUAAGAACUCAUGUAUCUAUCCUACUACCCUCACUACCCCAACAAAAAAAUAUAUAAACUAAGAAUGAAUGUCUUGAGUGUGAACCGAACCGAAUGUGAUGGCGUGAAACAUAUGAGUAUAUGAGAUCGAGUAUGUAUUAGCACUACCUAGACCAUAUAAGUUGCGUGCCUGUGGUCCGACCCCUACUUCCUAUGCCAAUAGUUAUGCUGUGAUGAAUGCUUGAGGAAACCCCUGUAAGUGGUAAUUUGAUUGCGAGAAACCCCACGAAAUGUUUGAAAAUGGAUAAGGACUUCCCUUUUCUGUGGCGCGCGUGUGUAUCGGCGUGUUGUGUGAUAUUAUGGACUAAGCGUAAGAACUUUUCUAGUGAAACGAAUGAUUUUAGACCUAAGGAAACCGAACAGCAAUUCAAAAAGAUUUUAAACGGAUUUGAAUUUAAAUUUAAAAGCAAACGAAACGAAACGAACCUAAAUGUAAAACACUCACGACGACUGAAAACGAAACCAACCUAGCAACUAAAACGAAAAACGAAAUACGAAAUGACUUAGGGACGUACAAAGGCUCGGGCGUGGCUGUUUCAAAGACCCAUCUCCUAAAUUACUUUAAAGACAGAACCCGCGUUUAAGUCAGCCUCGCCCAAAGCCCACAAAAGCACGAACAUUGGAAAUUAUUUUAUUUUUGUGUAUACGAUUUAGUGUGCUCUCAUUAAUUCCAACCAAUGACGCUUAGUUUGCCCCUCAUUUUACCUUUUGUAUUUACCUUAAAGUGGGGAGAACAACAACGAGAAACAAAGAAAACAGCAAAAAGAACAACCAAGCAACUACCUGCAGCACACACAACACUUGUAUAAUUAAUAUAUAUAUUAGGUAAACGUAAACGCAACUACUAAAACUAAAUACGCAACGGACCAGGGUAUACAAAAACAUAACUAUAUAAAUCGCAGGGGUGCUGGAAAAUUUGUAGUAGUUUGCAACCUAGCUAACGGCUUCUGAAAGCGUGUUGCACAUAUUUACUCUGAAAAUUCGAUCGAAACUACUUUUCGAUGCCUUAGGAAGGAUUCGAAGAUGCUGCAAAUUCUCUGGCGCCCCGCAAACCAAAAGUUCCAUAGAGAUAUAGAACGCAUAAAGACACUACAUGACAGCUUGAUAGGAAAAACAGCGAUUCAUACUUCAUUUAGUUAUUUUAUCAUAUACAAACCACACAAACCAUACAAAAACAUAACCAGAAACUACCUUACGAAAAAGACGCGACUGUGAACGAUGAGAAGUAAAUGGAGGAUACAAAUGAAGUCGAAAGUAACCGUUUAAAAUCUUUUCACAACAUUAGAUUACACUGAAUGAAGUGAGUUGUAGUGAACUACUGUAGAUAUAAGCGCACAUAUAAUACGUAUUCUGUACACAAAUUUCGAAAUUGUAACAACGAGUUGGUAAAUUGGGUUGAAAUCUUGUUUUGAACUCUACGAAUGAAUUCUAAGGCUCCACAAGUUGCCAUUUCAAAAGCUAAACAAUCUCAUUGGUAAUAUUUGUCUAGUUUCGCCAUAAUGUAUCGCACAGCCGUCCAAGAAAGAAAUAAAUUAACAUUUGUUGUUUUAUCAGAUUUGAACAUAUCAGAAAUAGGAAUUUUGAAAUGACAACUUCGAGCGCUUGAGGAGAACAUGAAAUGCCAACAUUAAUUAGAUGUACACUAAUAUUAGCUAUGAAUGAUCGGAUGCGGAUGAUAUAAAUGAGUGACUCCGAAUCUUUGGAAGAGCGAAAGCUGAGCAACGCCUACUGGAUGUGAACGUGAACGUAUAAGGCUGUGGCAUUCAACAUGUGUGGUGAUUGAAUAUUAUGAGGAUGACACUUGUGCAUUGAAUGAAGAUGAUGAUAUGUGAAAUAUGUGAUGGGAUGAAAUAUGUCGAUGGUUGUUUAUGAGAGUGACUGAUGGAGGGAGGAGUAUGUCUAGCAGAAAUCACCAACAAACUAAAACACGUCACUCAACUCAUUUAGCACAAAUUUCUACCUUUUAUACAUACCUACAUUUCCCAGUUUUAUAAACAGUAGAGUGCUUGGAACUGUGACUGAGUAAAGUUGUAUGUAACCAUUCCAGAAGCAAACAUAAAACCAUUACAAUUGAGGGACUAACGAGUUUGUUACACCUAGCUGUUAAGAAGAGUUCAUGUCACUAGAGUAAGCCAGGGAAUUGGCAAACGGUUGAAGGGCAAGCUCCAAUAAAAAGCACGGUGGACCCCCACUUUUUGGACACUCCACUGUGCAAGCUAAGGGUUUUCAAUGGGCUUGCCCUUCGACCCUUGCCGUAUGUGCGAAUGGUCGUCGUCUGAUGUAAGAUUAAAAAACCAAUAAACUAGAAACGCAACUGCAACUGCAACUGCAACUUUGCCUGUGAUCCGAUCAUCUGUAUGGAGUGUACGCUGUGUGAAAGACUUGUGUGGAUAUAUAUGAUAUCUGUGAAGUAAGAAAAAGCACCCCGCGCAGCAAAGAAGCGAUAUUUUUUUGUAAACAUUUAAAGGAUUGCAAUUGAAUGCACAAAUGAAGGUGUGAGCUAAAGCAAAUGAAAAACGUAACAUAUGGUACUGAUUUUAUACUGAGAACUGAGACUUACUAUGUAUACAUACAACAAACCACAAGACAACCAACUUACUUACUUAAGGACUCACGAGGAUUACUUUACGCGGGACUCUACACAACGUACACUAGAACAAUACUACAAUACCACAAUACUACACACGAAACGCCAACUAGUGAAAUUUACACCUUACCCACAUUACAAGCCACUUAUUACACCAACGUACAUAUGAGCAUUAUAAUCGAUUAACCUAAAUAUACACUGACUAUUGGUGACGCUGACGCGCGGUGCUUUAGCCGAAAGUAAACUAAGUAUAUGUGCUACUCGGUAUGCUAGUUCAUCCUAAUUAGCCAGUAAGUAGGGAUGCGCGAGAGAACCUUUGAUCCACGAUUGCGAUAGGAGAGAAUCAAUUAUGUUACGUUAUUUAGUAUGCUGUAUUAUCAAUUACAAACCAAACAAUGAAAGCCCAACCC